GUGAAAAAAUAACCGAGCCUGAUCUACGCCUAUUUGUAUUUGAGAGCUUUCACUCGUCAUAUGUUCAAACGCCUUUUACAUAUCAGUCCUCGGGCUCUUUUACAAACCCGAGGGACCUCCACAGAUCCCAAACUCUCAUCGGUGUUCCGUGAUAUCAAAUCGUAUUUGCGAUACGCCAAGGCAAAGGGCCUGAGCCCCCUCUCCACAGUGUUCCGCGGUACGCUCUAUGAGAUGUCUGCCAUGGAGGUUCUCCGACGCGACCUAAAGAUCCAAAAUCUCAGCCACGUGGGUGGUGCUUUCGACAACGGGCUCGACCUCAUAGGCUCGUGGAGUCUCUCCGGGCGCGUCGCGCCGGAGUACGUUGAUCUGGACGUCAAGCCGGCUACGCGUACCGUCUUGGGCACACGCGUCACGCCCUUGCUUACGCGUAACUUGCUCCAGGACGUACGGGUCAUUGUACAGUGCAAGGCGUAUACACAGAAAAUUACUGCUGCAACUGUGCGCGAGCUUGCAGGCACAUACCAGUUUGUUGUGCACCGGGUAGAGAAAAACCGCACCCUCUUUUUGCUCGUGGCACCGGUAGGGAUGACGCCUCAGGGCAUGGCUCAGACAAAUCGCUCUAACUUUCCAAUUAUAUACGUACGUAUCGAAGAGAGUGUACCAGUGAGCACGCGGUUGAAUAAGGGAGACGAGUACGAUCCAAGGAACUAUCCGUUGGGCAAAAUGAUUGCGUUUUACUGCAAUCCGUAUGCAAGGACAUUGCUCGAAGGUCUGACGGUUGUAGCGGAUUCAAAGAAGAUUGUCGUGGCUAGUGAGAAUUCGGAGGUGUGAUUUGGAGAAGAUGUUGCCGAAGUCAGCUGAUAAAUCGCCGUUCUCCAUUCAGCUUUGACUCCAAUUGAAGUUAGUGCAAACCAGCCUUGAAGCAAGCUAUUAGGCAUUGUUCUGAUAUACUGAGCCAGAUAUACUGGUAAGUGUCGGGGACAAUUUCUGGAUGUUCCGCCCAUAUCCUUCUUCUCGCGAGACCUUUGCGAGACGCCCACGCCCUACCGUCUUGUCCAAAAUUAGAGGGAUACACCCAA